AAACGGUCGCGCUGUCUUUCCAGCGCACGAGCGGAUGUCGCUCACUUUGCCUUUGCCUUUGCCAUGGACCUGCGCGAGACGACCGCUGGCACAGUCGGCGCCAUCUGCAACGUCUACGCAGGCCUGCCCUUCGAUGUUGCCAAGAUCCGCCUCCAGACGCAAGGCCCGACGCCACUCUACAAUGGGCUUGUCGACGUCGUGACCAAGACGGCCCGAGCCGAAGGCGUGCGUGCGCUCUGGAAGGGCGCAAUCCCGGCCAUGUCGAGCGCAAUUGCUGAGAACAGUGUGCUUUUCACGGCCCAUGGCGCACUCCACCGAUGCUUCUUUGGCAACCAAGAAGACAUCUCGACGUUACACGAGGCGCUCCUUGGCGGCGGCGCGGGCCUCUUUGCGGCUAUGGCCAUCACACCCACGGAGGUUAUCAAGUGCCGGCUUCAAACACACCAUGGCCCUACGUCACUGGGGGUCGUGCGCUGCAUUCAACAAGUAUUUCAACAGUACGGCGUCCUUGGCUUCACUGCUGGACUCCCGGCCGUCGUGCUGCGGGACGUGCCGUUUGCAUUUUUCUUCUUUGGCGCGUACCAAGGCUACACAGCCCAACUCAUGAAGUGGCAACAAGUCGACUCCCGCCACGAUCUGCACCCGCUCGCCGUCAUGCUCGCGGGUGGUGCCGCCGGCUCCACGGGCUGGAGCUUUGUGUUUCCGGCCGAUGUCAUCAAGUCGCACAUGCAAAUCGGUCACAUUUCAUUUCGCGAGGCCGCGACGUCUAUCUGGAAGCAGCAUGGCCCGAGAGGUUUUUAUCGUGGCUGGAACGCUGCGGUCUUGCGCUCGUUUCCCGCAGACGGAUCGCUUUUUCUCGGAGUCGAAAUGACGCACCGCUUGUUUGCGCUCCUCGAGCCGCUGCCAGUGACUCCGCCGUCCAUUGCACCGGUUUCGUUAGCUCGCGACCACGGCAAGGCAGUUCGAAGAACGACAAGCCACGCAGCGUAGCCGAGAAUUUGCACCGAGUUGAAGCUUAGACGGUCCACUGCAUGCUAGAGUACAACUGUCAUAACGAUUCAACGAUGAAAUGUGGUGGUGACCAGCAGCG